GUUGCCCCCUCGUUAGUUUCUCCUUCACAGUGCCCUAUUGCGCGAGACAGGAUAGACUGAAGCGCUGCACAGCACAGUUCAACACCGCUGCAAGAGAAUAACGAGCGAUGCCUGAGAAGGUGUCUGACGCAACGAAGGAGGUGGAGCCUGAGGUGAAGGACAGCCCCAAACCCUGCCCCCAUCACCCGCCCAAGAGAGUGGUCAAAAUGGCCGUCCCUCCUGCCUACUCUGACCUGGGGAAAGCUGCCAAGGACAUCUUCGGCAAAGGCUACGGUUAUGGAACGGUGAAACUGGACCUGAAGACCAAGGCACAGAGUGGAGUAAUGGAGUUCUCCACUGGUGGGUCUAGUGCUGUGGACACAGGGAAGGCUUCUGGGAGUCUGGAGACCAAGUACAAGGUGCCAGAGUUGGGUCUGACCUUCAACCAGAAGUGGAACACAGACAACACCCUGACCAACGAGGUGUCCAUGGAGGACCAGCUGGCCAAAGGACUGAAGUUGGCAUUGGAUACUUCCUUUGUCCCCAACACCGGGAAGAAAAGUGCCAAGCUGAAGACAGGCUAUAAGCGAGACUUUGUGAACGUGGGCUGUGACCUGGACUUUGACAUGGCUGGCCCCACUGUGCACGCUGCUGCUGUCCUGGGCUACGAGGGCUGGCUGGCUGGCUACCAGAUGGCCUUCGACACGGCCAAGUCCAAGCUGGCCCAGAACAACUUCGCCCUGGGCUACAAGGCUGGAGACUUCCAGCUGCACACCAACGUUAAUGACGGCACAGAGUUCGGUGGCUCCAUCUACCAGAAGGUGAAUGAUCAGCUGGAGACGGCGGUGAAUCUGGCCUGGACGGCCGGCAGUAAUAACACGCGCUUCGGCAUCGCGGCCAAGUACCAGCUGGACAAGGACGCCUCCAUCACUGCUAAGGUGAACAACGCAAGCCUGAUUGGAGUGGGAUACACACAGAGCCUGAGGCCAGGAGUGAAGCUCACCCUCUCGGCUCUAGUUGAUGGGAAGAACUUUAGCGCCGGAGGCCACAAGGCUGGUCUGGGCUUCGAGCUGGACGUGUAAGCUAGCUGACGAGCGGACAGGAGAAGAGAGGAGAGGAGAGGAGACGCAUGGAUGAAAGAAACGCAAAAUAACACAGAAUCAAACCACGCCACUCAGAAAUGUGCAACGACUAAAAACCCUCCCUGCCCCUCUUGAUACCUGUCACACACACACACACGCACACACACACACACCAGAUUUCAGGCCUUAACCCUUUGUGACCUUCUGUACAAAAUAAAAAAAGAGCACCAGUCUUGAAACCCUAUUGUCAUGGUUACGCCCCUUUCAGCACCGUCUGCAUAGCAACAGCACUGGCUGUUUAUGUGUCAUCCCACAUGUCCAUAGCAAUACUGAACUGGAUUAUUCCUGUGUGUAUGACACAAUCACAGACACACACACACACACAUACACACACACAUGCACACACUGACUGUCUGUAGACCUGCCCCACUACCAACAAGAAAGUUGGAGUGAGUGUGUGUUCUUUCACCGAUAUGUCGUUGACAUUCGUUAGUAGCCACGUCAAAGAGUGUGUAUGCUUUAAGUUAACCUAACUGAGUUGUUUGUCUCCUUGGUGAAUGAGUGACAUUCAGGCCAGUCAGGGGCAGAUCCUAAUAAAUAACAAAAAAAAAGUUUGAAUUUGAUCCCUCCCCUUCCUCACAACCACACCAGACAUAUCAAAGCCAUGGGUCACCAUGCCAACACCACACACUCUGACCUCAGACAGUGGUCACAUGACCAGGAAGCAGCAUUGCCUGUUGGGAGCAGAUGUGAGCACGGCCCGAUCUGAUGUGUGUUAGCUGUUGUGUUAGCUCUGUUGUGUGGAGGCCGGCAGUGGGAUGUUGACACACUGCACUGCCCACUCCAAUCCUGACCACUUUGAACCUUGGUUCCCUCCUUUUUUUCUUUACCAAAUGUAAUAACUACAUCCUUUGAAUCUCUUUGUGCCGUGUGCUUCAGGUGGGUUUAGAGUAUGUUGUUUUCCUAUUGUCAAAUGUUUUUUUUCCCUUUAUUUGUCUUUUUCUUUUUUCUUGUGUGUCUGUCAUUCUUUGACCCUAAGCACUGUAUCUGUGUGACUGUGCCAUGUUGGGCUUGGCGUAGCGUCAGUCGAGCUGCGUCUCGUGCUGACAGGAAGGAAUCUUGUAAUAAAGUGGAAUGUCAAACA